UGCGAAAGUAGCAAGUGAACUAUGCUACAGUUGCAAUUAAGGGACCACGCCUUCUACUCUCUCCGCUUUCUGAAUAGCAGUAUUUAAAGCUUCCCUAAAGCAACUCGCGUGAGGCUUUCUCGCUUACACUGGUGUAAAUUGUCUGAAGUUGGCAAAUGACUUUGACAUUUUUUUCCACAUUUAUUAUCGCGAGAACCCCAGACCCAAGGCUUGCAUGGACCUACUGUGCUCCGAGCAUUACUGCUGAGUGUGUUGAGUGGGAAUAACAGCGCUGCGGUUCUCUUUUUUUUUUUAAACCAAGGGACUGUACGCUCAUAUGAACAUGGCAAUGGAGCGCCUCUUCUGUUUUUAUUUCUUAUUUUUUCCAGCCAUGAGAUUAGUUAAUUGUGUCCAGCCCGUCGACAAGGCUGAAGAACAAAUUCCAACAGAUAAACUGCUUGUCCUUACUGUUGCCACUCAAGAGACUGAUGGCUUUCUCCGCUUUAUGCAGUCUGCAAACUACUUCAAAUACAAUGUGAAGGUGCUUGGGAUGGGAGAAGAAUGGACAGGUGGAGAUGUUGGGAGGUCGAUUGGUGGGGGCCAGAAAGUACGGCUUCUCAAGGAGGCAAUGGAAAGCUUGGCUGACCAAGAGGAUCUCAUAGUCUUGUCCGUGGACAGCUAUGAUGUCAUCUUUGCUGGUGGCCCUGAAGAACUCCUAAAGAAGUUCAAACAAGCCAAUCACAAAGUGCUGUUUUCUGCCGAUGGGCUAAUAUGGCCGGACAAGAGUUUGGCAGACAAGUAUCCCUUCGUGCGCAGUGGAAAGCGCUUCCUCAACUCAGGAGGGAUCAUUGGCUACGCCCUCAAUGUGAACAAGCUUGUGCAACAGUGGGACCUUGACGACACUGAUGACGAUCAGCUCUUUUACACUAAAAUCUACGUGGAUCCACUGCAAAGAGAGAAUCUGAACAUGACUCUGGAUCACAGGUGCAUGAUUUUCCAGAACUUAAAUGGUGCAGUCGAUGAGGUUCUGCUGAAGUUCGGAACAGAGAGGGUGCGUGUGAGGAACUCGGCCUACGACUCCCUGCCCAUAGUUGUCCAUGGCAAUGGAUACACCAAAAUGUACUUGAACUUCUUGGGAAACUACAUCCCCCAUGCGUGGAACUAUGAGAAUGGCUGUAGUGUGUGUGAUCAGGACAUGGUGGAUUUAUCGCAAGUGAAAGAAUAUCCAAGCAUCACAGUCGGUGUGUUUAUUGAGCAACCGACUCCCUUUCUACCAGAAUUCUUCCAGCGUCUUCUGAGUUUGGAUUACCCGAAAGAUAAAUUGACGGUUUUCAUCCAUAACAAUGAAGUUUACCACGAGAAGCACAUCCAAAAAUUUUGGGAGGAGAAUAAGAACACCUUCAGGAGUUUUAAGGUCGUGGGCCCUGAGGAGAUGCUGAGCCAAGGAGAAGCGCGGAACAUGGGAAUGGAUACGUGUCGCCAGGAUUCAGGAUGUGACUACUACUUCAGCAUUGAUGCAGAUGUGGUGUUGACCAACCAACAAACUCUCAAGCUCCUUGUUGAGCAGAACAGAAAAAUAAUCGGUCCUCUUGUCACUCGUCAUGGUAAACUGUGGUCGAAUUUCUGGGGAGCCUUAAGCAUGGAUGGUUAUUACGCACGCUCGGAGGACUUCAAUGACAUCGUUCAUGGGAAGCGUGUUGGCGUGUGGAAUAUUCCAUACAUGGCUCAUAUAUACCUAAUAAAGGGCGAGACUCUGAGAAAAGAGCUGAAGGAGAGGAACCAUUUUAUCCUGGAGAAACUGGAUCCCGACAUGGCUUUAUGUAGAAAUGCCAGGGAGCUGACAAUACACAGAGAGAAAGACUCCCCUUCUCCGGAAUCAUUCCAUAUGCUCAGGCCCCCAAAGGGUAUUUUCAUGUACAUUACAAACCGUCAUGAGUUUGGAAGGAUAAUAUCCACAGCUAACUACAAUACUACACAUUAUAACAAUGAUUUGUGGCAGAUAUAUGAAAAUCCAGUGGACUGGAAGCAGAAGUACAUCCACCCCAACUAUACCCGCAUCUUCACAGAGAACCUUGCAGAAGAGCCCUGUCCAGAUGUCUUCUGGUUCCCCGUGUUAUCUGUAAAGGCCUGUGAUGAAAUCAUCGAGGAGAUGGAAAACUAUGGCGUAUGGUCUGGUGGAAAAAACAAGGACAAGCGAAUCACAGGGGGUUACGAAACUGUUCCAACAGAUGACAUCCACAUGUCCCAAAUAGGCUAUGAGAAAGAAUGGCUGCAUUUCAUUCGGGAGUUUAUUUCACCAGUAACACUGAAGGUGUAUUCUGGCUACUAUACCAAGGCCUUUGCCUUGCUUAACUUUGUGGUGAAGUACAGUCCAGAACGACAGGCCUUCCUGAGGCCCCACCAUGACACCUCCACGUUCACCAUUAACAUUGCACUGAACAACAAAGGGACAGACUUCCAGGGAGGUGGUUGUCGAUUCCAUAGAUACAACUGCUCUGUCGACUCUCCGAGGAAAGGAUGGAGCUUCAUGCACCCAGGCAGGCUGACUCACCUUCACGAAGGCCUGCCUACAACCAAAGGAAUUCGCUACAUUGCAGUGUCCUUCAUCGACCCCUGAGUCAUGGCCGGAAAUUCACCUUGGUUGUAUUUUUCAGUAUUUCAAUUUUGAAUUUUGAAUUUUUUAUUUUUAUUUUCAUGUCAACAUUGAAAGAAAGACAGAUAGGUGGGGGGGGACACAAAUUUUGCUUUAUAGGAUGCCAUAAAGAUUACUGCCUAAAGGGAAAAUGACUGGAUUACUCCUUUCUGUGCAAUCAGGAUGUCAGGUACUGUUCAUACUGUGAGAAAUCUCACAUUUUCUCUUACAUUUGGCAUUGCUGAAUGGCUUCUUAGCUAUUUAACAUUCCUCAUCAGAAUCCUUUUUUUUUUUUUUACAUUUUGCUAUGCCAUUGUUUGGUUCAGCUCCCUGAAAAUGCUGUCAUUAGAAAUGGAUUUACAGGUAUGUAUUGUGCAUCAGUUUCACUCUGACUGGUUAUAUACCCAUGAACAGUGGUGCCACCAGGAAUCCCAGGCCCUGGGACAGAUCUUGCCCCCCCAGCCCCCACGCUGUGCACAAAGUGAAAAAUUAUGAGACAGGCUAGUAAAUCAAUGUAAUUUAUUUUGUUUCCAUUAGCAUGCAGCCUAGCUGGUCAGCCUAUCUUCUAUCUAACUCUUUCACUCAGUCUCUUCUCCAACUUCUCCAGUAUUUUUAUUUGUUUUUGUGUCAUUUAUUUUGAAAAAUUAGGCUGUAAAAUAUCUUCAUUUUUGUUACAUUUUUCUUUUUGUAUUUAUGUUCUAUAUUUUUCAACAAGUGAAAUGUUGUCAAUGACAAGUUAACUGACUUGCAGUUGAUUUUCUUUUUUUUUUGCAAUCAGGUUUUUAUUGAAUCACAUAAUACAGUGCACAAAAACAAUGGUUACAUAAACAUCCCCCACAGUUGACUUUUCUAAAGGCGAGCUGACCAAAAGACAGGACAGUGGACAGUUCGGCUAAUAGAAUAGAACAGAAAAAUAAAUAACGAUGAAUGAAAGCAGUACAAUUUCUGACACAAUUAUAACAUUUAAUAUCCAAAUUAUUGGGAAGAAAUACUUUCUUGGGGAGUACUUCUCAAGUGCCUUUAAGGGCCCCAGUUAGGCCCAAUUUGCCUUGUUGUCCGACCCAUCCCCGCUCCCACGGCUGAGCCACUGCUCAUGAACAGAGAAUAUUAUAUAUUUUUGUAACUUUGCACAGCAGGUUAAAAACUACAGAAUUAAAAAUUCUGGUUAAAGGAAGUUUUAAAAUGACAAAUGUUUUACUUGAACUGUCUUUCCACAAAACAAUCUGGAAAUGGCUGUAGUUUCUUAACUGAUAGCAUUUAGAAAAUCUGGUUCAGACUGUUUACUGUUUCUGAGGUUUAUCUUUUUGUGAGUGAACUUUAGACCUCAACCAAAUCAAAUGCUUAACUUAUUGUGAAUUUGACAGAAACAAACAAUAAAAAAUAUUUGUAAAGUGUAA